GCCCGUCUUUUAAGUGGAUGGGACUUUUCAGGGUACACGAGCUAGUCUAAAAUUUCCUUAACAUAUGAAAAAGUUGUUCGCGAAUCUUUGCCAUCAUUUACACAUUUUUUCUUUCUUCUUCACUUUUCAGCUUAAGGUUCAAGAAGAACAGGCGCAAUGCUUUCCGCAGCAAAAGCUCAGGGCUCAUGUCCUCAGUGCAGGCUCCGACUUCUCAAUCUUUUUGAGAACGGCUUUGCUGGCCUACGAUCUGAAGCCCCGCGAACCUUACCCCGGUCGACUUAUCCUCAUAUUAGAAGUUUGCCGUCAAGUCGAAAGUCGAAUGUGCGUCUCUUCUCGACGACGAAGCGCAAACUUCAAAAUCCGCAGCCAACAGAAAGCCAAUCAAAUUCUAACGACAUCGAAGUUGCGGUACGACAAGCGAAACACGCAUUUGGUGACACUUUACCAAGGGGUUAUUUAAAUGAAGAAGAAUAUAAGUUAUACGAGCGACUGUACGGCGCGCCUUUGCGAGAGACUCGGCCAGAAGAUGUAGGCAUGCCAACAUCUGACUUCGUCCCUGAAGAUGCACCCCACGAUCUAUCGAAGAGAAUACUACUGCGAGAAGGAGAAGACGGGAAGCUGGAGGAACUCGUCUACGAGACUGAUAUUGCUAUAUCUACCCCCAAAGACUUCGAUGAUACCCAAAAUCUCUUUUCAGCGAACAUGGAAAGUUCAGAAGAAUUACCAUCUGAAGCUGGGUUAAGUCAUAUUGGCGCCGUGGCUAAAAGCCAGAGAGAAUACGACGCCCUAUUGAGACUGCAAAAAGACUUCGAGAACACCCAGCUGCGAGCAGUUGAAGAAGAGGAAAUUGAUGAAGAGCCUGAGGAGGAAGAUGAGGAAGAAGAAGAAGAAGACGAAGACGAAGGCGAGCCAGAUGCAAGGUUCCGAACCCAGGAUAGUCGCAUUCACCAGUAUACGAGAAUGGGCCAAUGGAGAACCCAACCCUCGACCAUCCAGUUACCGAAAGCGGAAUUUGUCAACCCAAUUAACAUAUUGCUCGACCGAACAGAUCCUAAGCAUAUUAAAGAAGCAGCAGAGAAAGCUUUUGGUGGCGCUGGGUUUCCAAACUCGGUUGCAACUCCCGCAGUGAGGAAAAGUCCCGAGCAGAAACCUGUAGCCAUGGCAGCAGGUCAGCACAAGAUGAGUGAGAUCGAAGCAGACGCCUAUAUUGCUAUCAACCUUCCAGGAAUGUACGCGUCUACGAUGGGGAUCCUAGUUGAAAUCAGGAAACGCCUAGGCUCGGAGUGGAUCUCCAAACUCAUCUCUAGGGGCAAUGGCGAGGGCCCUCGUGUGCUUGAUGUCGGUGCGGGCGGUGCGGGAUUAGCGGCCUGGCAGCAAGUCCUUCAAGCAGAAUGGGAUCUCAUGAUUGAAGGGGGUAAGAAGCCUAACCACGGACCGCCAGGAAAAAAGACGGUUGUGGUUGGAUCUACUCAGCUGCGCCAACGGAUAUCGCGGUUUCUUGAUGACACCACGUUCCUCCCACGCCUGCCAGAUUAUAUACACUCUGCCAACAACCCAGAUAUGCUAGACGCUGGUGACAAGCCGCAGCAGAAGAAGUCAUUUGACAUUAUUAUCGCCUCCCAUCUACUAUUGCCAUUGAAAGAAGGAUUUCAACGCAAAGCUCUGUUAGACAACCUGUGGGAAAUGUUGUCGCCCGAUGGUGGAAUUCUCAUCGUCAUGGAGAAAGGUCACCCGCGGGGUUUUGAAGCUGUCGCGGAUGUUCGUUCUCGGUUAUUAAAUGAAUUCAUUGUUUCACCUACUUCGGAUCCUCGACCUAACGAAAUCGAGAUUGAGCAGCGAAGGGUCCGUGAGCCAGGCAUGAUUAUUGCCCCUUGUACUAACCACAAGGAGUGUCCCAUGUAUCUGACACCUGGACUCAGCAGUGGGCGGAAAGACUUUUGCCAUUUCAGCCAGAGGUUUAUUCGCCCACCAUUCCUGCAAAAAGUGCUUGGUGCCUCGCACCGUAACCACACAGACAUAGACUUUAGCUUUGUCGCUAUUCAACGCGGCACUUUACCCGACAUGAAGCCAGUCACCGUACCCAAACAGAGCGGCAACUUGACUGAUCGCGCAUUUAAGGGCUAUGAGAACGCUACAGAAGUACCAAACGCAUUGUCAUUACCUAGAAACAUCCUCCCUCCUCUGAAGCGACGUGGGCACGUUACGCUUGAUCUAUGCACCCCUACCGGAAAGAUCGAGAGAUGGACGGUUCCCAAGAGCUUCAGCAAGCAGGCGUAUCACGACGCACGCAAGACAAAGUGGGGAGAUCUAUGGGCUUUGGGUGCUAAGACUAGAGUAGACCGUAAUGUUCGACUCGGACGAGCGGGUGCGGUGGGUAAUGAUGGUGGUGUACGGUCUCGUGAUAACACACAGGGCCACAAGCCAAAGGUUAUCCAUCUCAAUGCCGACUCGAGAGGUAUCUACAGCGCCUAUGAGAAAGUUAAAGUACAUGGGCCUUCCGCCAGGAGGACCAAGGGAGGAAAGAAGGCAAAGCUGGAGAAUUUGCUCAAGGAGUUAGAAGAGGAAGGCUUCCAGUAAGCAAGGUGGAUGAAUGCUUACCGUUAAAUUUGUACAAAAUCUCCUCAGAGGAUGUAUUACUACGUAUAGUUAGGUAAAUGCUAAAACAGAUAUGUAUGAACUAUGAACGAACUACCUCCACUUAAGAACUGUAUAGGCCUAUAUUCAUACGUACUGUGGACGUUGAGAGUGGGAAUUGAGAAUAUGAUACGAAUUAUUAGUUGAAAGUCCCAUUUCCG